GUGAAACUAAUAGAGAGUACGUUAAGAAGGUACUAAGCAAUGUUAUUGUGCCUGAAUUCACACCUAAAUCUGGUGUUAAGAUUCAAGUUCAGGAAAAUGAAACCGUUCAGCAAGUCACUGCUGAUGAAAAUGAAUUACAAGACAUUGUUUUAUCUCUACCAUCAUCAUCAUCAUUGGCAGGAUAUCGGUUAAAUCCUGUAGAAUUUGAGAAGGAUGACGAUACAAAUUUCCAUAUGGAUUUUAUCACUGCUGCUUCUAAUCUACGAGCCGCUAACUACGCUAUUCAGCCUGCUGACCGUCAUAAGACCAAGUUCAUUGCUGGUAAAAUUAUACCGGCUAUCGCUACAACAACUUCAUUGGUAACCGGAUUAGUUUGUCUAGAAUUAUAUAAAAUUAUUGCGGGAAAAAAUAAGUUGGAGGAUUACAAAAAUGGAUUUGUGAAUUUAGCUUUACCGUUCUUUGGAUUCUCUGAUCCUAUUGCCAUGCCAAAAUAUAAGCGUAUGACAUUUUAUCUGUUCAUGUUUACAGCUUUUACUGACAUUGAUUAUUCGUCAUUAAGACUAUCUCAAUUAGUGGAAACUAUUUCUAAAAAACCGAUUCCACCUCACGUCAAAGCACUCACUUUAGAAAUGUGUGUGAACGAUCGUAAUGACGAAGAAGUUGAG